AUGUCAAAUAUUAUCACAAACAACGCCUAUCUUCAAGCGCCUUUGCAGCGGGUUAUUGAGAUCUAUCAACAGCAAAUUGUUCCUCGACUCACAACAAAGAACAAGACCAUUGGUAUCACCGCUGCUGUUGCAAUGACUCUGAUCUACCUGAUCAGAGACAAAAUCCUCAAGCCUCCCAGAAACCUUCGUCAUAUUCCCUACCAGGGCUACUAUGAUUUUAUCAAGAGCAUUUACAAGAAAGAGACUUAUUGGGACCGAGCUCACCGAUGGACGCUUCCAUUCAUUGAUUCUGAGUCUAGCAAUGGAUUAUACGUGAGACCAGGCCGUUUUGGAUUUGAGGUUCACGUAGCCAACCCUGAUGCUGCCAAGAAAGUAUUUUUAAAGCAAGAUUUGUUUCCCAAGCUUGAUGUGCUUGAAGGAAAAGAAGAUACACUCAAUGGCAAGUUUGCCAAUGGACCCAAUCUUGUAUUUCUGAACGGACCACACUGGAAAACGCAAAGAAUGGUAGCCAAUCCUGCUUUCCACAGAGCUCAACCUAUUCAAUUGUUUGGAAAACUAACUCAAGAUUUGUUUGAGCGAAUGGAUCGCUUGGGUGAAACAGCCGAUGUGCAUGACUUGAUGGAACGAUUUACACUUGAAGCCAUUGGAAAAGCUGGCUUCGGCUUUGAAUUCAAUGCUAUCAAUGACGACAAUAGUCCCUGGGUGCUCAAUUACAACACGAUCAAUGCUGCUCUGCAGGAGCCCUUGUACUUUCUCUUCCCUUCACUUGAUCAGUCUUUGCUCUGGUUGUCGCCCAAAAGACAAGCAGUCCAUCGAGAAUUGGAUCGCUUUAUGAACAUGCUCUCAGAAGUUAUCAAGAAGAAGAGACAAGACAUUGCCUCUGGCGUUCAAAAUCAACAUCUGCCAGAUAAUGAAAAGGAUGUAUUGACAUUACUGAUUGAAAACGAAGACAAGGGCGAAGGAGCACUGUCAGAUGAGGAAUUGCGAAGCAAUUUGCACAUCCUCUUUCUCGCGGGCCAUGAUACUACCAGCAACUCCUUGUCGUUUGCAUUGCUCUACUUGGCCAAAUAUCCUAAAAUCCAACAACGCGCAAGAGAAGAAGUUCUUAGCAUCUUAGGCGAUGAGCCAAGAGACAUUGUACCUGGCUUUGACGACUUGAAGCAAAUGGACUACAUUAAUCAGAUCAUCAAAGAGACACUCAGAGUCAAUGGGCCUGUCGUACAGGUGGUUCCUCGUGUAGCCCAAGAAGAUACUGAACUUGCUGGUACAUUCAUUCCAAAGGGUUCUAAAGUCAUUGUCGAUGUGUUCAACAUUCAGCAUAGCAAAAAGGUUUGGGAGAAUCCUGAUGAAUUUGAUCCUGACCGAUUUGAUCCCAAGCGUGCAUCCAGUCAAUUGUCUGGAGGUGCCAUGUCUUGGGUGCCCUUUGGUAGCGGCGCAAGACAAUGCAUUGGCAUGAAUUUUAGCUUGAACGAACAGAGAGUGCUUUUAUCCAUGAUGUUGCGAAGAUACACCUGGAGCUUACCAGAAGAUUCGGUUCAUCGUGGUAAAAUUGAGACUAAGGGCCUCGGCAUCGUUGGUCCUACCCACUGCCACCUCCAAUUUAAAAAGAGAUAUUAA